UAGCGCCUGCCCCGGAGUGGAGCGACCGUCUCUCUCCAGCCGGGCAGCGGUGACUGAGCGGGGCGCGACAGCGCGGCCAUGCACAGCUAGCCCCCGCCCGCGCCCAGCUGCCUCCCUGAACCCCCCGGGGCGGCGUCCCGGGCCCCGCGGCCAGCUGCUCGGAGCGGCUCAGACACACGCAGGGGCUCAGCGCCGUGCUCGGGGCGCCCCGAGGAUGGAAGGGGGCGCGUAUGGAGCGGGCAAAGCCGGGGGCGCCUUCGACCCCCAGACCUUCUUCCGGCAGCCUCACACCGUCCUGCGGGUGCUCUCCUGGGUGUUCUCCAUUGUUGUCUUCGGCUCCAUUGUGAAUGAAGGUUACCUGAACAGCCCCACUGAGGUGGAGGAGCACUGUAUCUUCAACCGCAACCAUAACGCCUGCAACUAUGGCAUCACCGUGGGCGUCCUCGCCUUCCUCAGCUGCCUUCUCUACCUGGCUCUGGACGUCUAUUUCCCACAGAUCAGCAGCGUCAAGGACCGCAAGAAGGCAGUGCUCUCGGACAUCGGCGUCUCUGGCUUUUGGGCAUUCCUCUGGUUUGUUGGCUUCUGCUUCCUGGCCAACCAGUGGCAAGUUUCAAAGCAUGAGAACAACCCGCUGAAUGAGGGGGCAGAUGCAGCCCGAGCAGCCAUCACCUUCUCUUUCUUCUCCAUCUUCACCUGGGCGGGCCAGGCAUUUCUGGCGUACCAGCGCUACCGGAUUGGUGCCGACUCGGCCCUCUUCUCCCAGGACUACACGGACCCAAGCCAGGACUCCGGCCUGCCUUACGCCCCCUACACCAACGAGGACGAUGCCACAGACACGGUGGGGACGUACCAGCAGCCCCCUCCAGUAGACGCUUUUGACGCUGAGACGCAGGGGUACCAAACGCAGAACUACUGAGCUACACUGGUGUCUCUUCCCAUGCCCCUCCCCUCCGCCCCCUUCCCUCUGCCAGCGGGAGGCCACGGCACAAAACAGACAGGUGUGUCCCAGUGAACAGAUGGCCCUUGGCCAUGCUGCAGCCUUCUGGGCCAUUUGUUUUUAUUUAUUUUAUUUUUUUAAAAGAAAAAAAAAUCCCUAAUGGCUCCUCCCUCCCUCUGAAUUGUCCACCAGAUCCAAACUGUGUAUUCCCAAAUUUGUCCCUGUCCCGGCAAAAGCUCCCCUGGCAACGUGGGAGUGAGCAGCAGCUUUGGGCAAGAAUCCAGCUCAGUCUUUUGGUGGGCAGGGGAGGGUGACAAGGGCACCAGCACAGGAAGCAAAGGCCUAAGACUUGGAGAUAACAGGGGAACCGCUCAAGCGGCUCUGGCGGGCGGGUGGAGAAGGUGGCACCUACAGUGUUGGAGCAGAUUGUGUGUCUGUGGGGUGGGGGAGUUGGAGAUGGCAGAGGAGUGUGUGAGGGAGGGAGAGGUCAGAGCAAACAUGCAGGUGUACAAGGGUGGGGGGUGGGUGGAUGUGCAAACAGCGGGGCAGAUCACAACCCUUUUGCCUCAUGGGGUAUUGCCUCCUCGGCAGUACAAGGCUGUAUGGGAAGUUAUUGGUAGUUUAUCUUCAGGGGUGUAGGGAGGAAUGGUAUUGAGGGUGGGGGAUGGGGGGGUGAGAGAAAAUGGGGUGAGGGGAAGAGUUUUGCAGGCACCAUCAAAACUACAAAGACUUUGGUAGAUUUUAAACCAAGAGAAUAAUCAGGACUGGACUGGAUGGGCUAUGUGGUAAGAAUCCCUCCUCCCCCAGGCGAUUGCAUUAGAGGUGUUUUCCCCUUCCCCAUGUAAGCACCCUUCUGAGGUUAACACUGUGUUCCACUAGGGAGAACCAGAACUAAGCUGCACCCUCAGGGUGGGGAAGAUGUCUUGAGAGAAACUCCUGAGAACUCCCUUCGUCCCCUGCUCCUUCUGCUUAGGGAUCAAAACUGGCUUAGCACGGGAUGAGGAGGAAGGCACUGGGCUGAUUUAGGGAAAAGCCAGCUUCACACCAGCUGAAAGGGAACUUUGUCAGCCAACUCUGGGAGCCCUGUGGCCUUUGCCCAGAAUAAAGGUGCAGGACGAAAGGGACAAACGAGUGAAUUUCAUUUUUAUAGUCUUGUUGAAUCCACAUCCCUGGUGGAGUUAGAGAGAUUCCACCCUCUCUGUGCUCCUAGACUGAUCAUCCUGGGCAUCUGUGCCACGCUCCCUGGUGGCCAGAGAAACAGGGCAGGACUCCCAAUGGAGCUUCUCGCCCUGCUGGAAAGAAAUACUGCUGCUUUUCUACCAGCUGGUGUCUAGACAUUCUUAGAGUGGGUGUAACCAAUGAGAAGGGCCCCAGCAGCUGGGCUCUUGAGUUUGCCCCAAAAUUAUCCUGGCUGAGACUGAUCAGGGAACCUAAGAGGGGUCUUUAAACAGCAGGUCUGCUAAAUGAGCUGAAUGGGGAGCAUCUCCCCCUGCCCUUGCAAAAUCUGGAGGGGCUGUGCUGCACUCUCUUCCCACUGAAACAUGGUCUUUGUGUAUCUUACAGCUCUUCAGAGAUGUCAGUGCUCCAUCCUCAGCCCCUAGCUCCUGUCUUGUCUACACCGGGAAAUCAACAAAAACAGCUAUUCCAGGAUAGCUCCCUGUGUGGACACUCAGUUCUGGAAUAAAAUAUGUUUUUUUUAAUCCCAGAGUCCUUACUCGGCUUUGGAAGUACACUAGUUAUUCCGGACUACAAGUGAUUUUUAUUCCAGAAUAGAGUGUCCACAGGGGGAGCUAUUCCACAGUAACUGUUCUGGGCAAUUUCCCUGUGUAGACAAGC